AUGUUCUCCAAGCUCAUCCUCACCGUCCUCGCCGCCGCCUCCGCCGCCCUCGCCGCCCCCCUCGAGGCCCGCCAGUCCCCCUCCUACUUCACCCCCUCCGCGACCUUCCAGUACUCCGUCCGCGACGGCGCCAUCUACCCGGCCGGCUGGGGCUACGUCGCAAAGUACCCCCAGAACCAGGGCUACGACUACACCACCCUCCUGACCUUCACCUACCCGCAGGCCGUCGCCGGCAGGAAGUGCCGCCUCGAGUUCGUCGCCGACUCCGGCAGCGUCUACGCCUACGGCUCCCGCCAGCUCGACGUCUUCACCUCCCUCCGCCCCGCCCCCGCCGGCGGCGCCUCCGGCUGGCCCCCCGGCAACCAGCGCGACGCCAACCUCGGCCGCCUCGCCGUCCCCGAGUCCGGCGCCGCGACCUGGAGCGCCAAGUAUGGCGCGUAUCUCACCGAGUUCACCGACUGCAAGGCGCCCGGGACCGUCCAGGGGCUCGAGCUCGUGGGGGUCAGUGAUGAGGAUAUCGUCUCGUUCCCGCCCUCUGCCGUCCGGAUUGCGUAUCAAUGA